AUGCAAGGCAACGGCAGUCACCGAAACAAGGACUCCAGGAGAACAUGGACAAAUCGGCAACUUCUAUUUUACAAAUGCACUUUAUAUUUAUUCAUCUUUAGUCUGGAACUGAAGAGAAGCGUCACGGCGCCGCUGGACUCGGAUGAGUUUGCGUUCUUCCAUGAGGGUGCCCAGGGGUGCCUGGGGGUGCGGGAUCACUCCCUGGUCCUGUCGACUUCCUGUGAGGCAGCCAACCAGCGUUGGAAAUGGGUGACCCGGGGCCGCCUGUUCAACCUGGGCUCUUCGCUGUGCCUGGGCAUGACCACUGGCAACCUCACCUCCAGAUCGGACAGGUCUCCUCUGGGCGUGUACACCUGUGACCGCGAGCCCCCCCGAGUACGCUGGACAUGGAACUGUGGCCAGGUGUUGGAAAACCUCAACACCUACCUUCCCUCGCCCUCAUUUUCGAACUCCUCCUCCUCAACCUCCUCCCCUUCGUCGCUCAAAUGGAGGCUGCAUGGCGGUGUGCAGGACCUGUGCUCGAAAACAUAUCAGCAGAUCUACACGAUCCAGGGCAACUCUCAUGGCCGCCCCUGCUAUCUGCCCUUCCUGUACGAUGGCCAGUGGUUCCACAACUGCACGAGCAUCGGGCGCGAGGACGGCCACCUCUGGUGUGCCACCACCUUCGACUACGGCAAGGAUGAGCGUUGGGGCUUCUGUCCCGUCAAGAGCAGCGGCUGUGAGACAUUCUGGGAUACCGACCCGCUGACAGACAGCUGCUACCAGUUUAACUUCCAGGCGACGCUGUCGUGGAGCGAGGCUCGGAUCAGUUGCCAGCAGCAGGGGGCAGACCUGCUAAGCAUCACCAAGCUGCACGAGCAGACGUACAUCAACGGUUUGCUGACAGGUUACAGUGCUGCUUUGUGGAUUGGCCUCAAUGACCUGGACAUCCACGGAGGCUGGCAGUGGGCCGACUCUUCGCCGCUCAAAUAUCUCAACUGGGAGACAGACCAGCCAAACCACGCUGAGGAGGAGAACUGCGCUGUGAUCAGAACCGAGUCUUCAGGUCGUUGGCAAAACCGCGACUGUUCUGUCGCUCUGCCAUACGUCUGUAAGAAGAGGCCCAACGCCACCCUGGACCCCUUCACCACUGACUCGUGGGCAGAUGAUGAGAAAUAUGAGUGCGAUGUGGGCUGGCAGGCCUUCCAGGCUGGCUGCUACAAGCUGACUUCAGAGAAGAGCGACUGGGAUACAUCACAGAAAACCUGUCAGAAGAUGGAGGCCAACCUGGUCAGCAUCCACACCCUGCCUGAGCUGGAGUUCAUCAUGCGCAACCUGAAGAGAGACAUCGACCAGCUGUGGAUUGGACUCCAUGACACUGAUAUGCAAAUGGACUUCCAAUGGACUGACCACACGCCCGUCAUCUUCACCUACUGGCACCCCUUUGAACCCAACAACUUCCGCAACACUCAAGAAGAUUGCGUCUCCAUCUGGGGAGCUGAGGGCCGCUGGGAUGACAGCCCUUGUAAUCUGACUCUGCCCUCCAUCUGUAAGAAACUGGGAACAAAGAGUGAUGGGAAGCCGCGGCACCAAGAUUGCAAACAAGGGUGGAAGUGGCACAGCCCAGCUUGUUACUGGGUUGGAGAAGAUCUGCUUACCUUUGAAGAGGCCAGGAAGUCCUGUGAGGACCAUGGAGCCGCCCUUGUUACCAUCACCAACAGGUUCGAGCAGGCCUUCGCCAACAGCCUGGUGUUCGGUCGCUCUGAUGAUUCCUUCUGGAUCGGCCUCAAUGACCAGGGCAGCCCAGGCUCUUUCCACUGGCUCAGUGGGGAUGAAGUGUCCUACACCAACUGGAAUCGAGACCAGCCAGUCAACGUCCGCGGCGGCUGCGUUUCCAUGGCGACGGGCUCCGCAAUAGGUCUGUGGGAGGUGAGGGAGUGUGCGUCAUCGAAGGCGAAAUUCAUCUGCCGCCAGAACCAGGACACGUCUCUGAGCCCGGAGCCCCCGGUCCCUCAGCCCACCCCGAGCCUCAGCGGCUCCUGUCCCAGCGGCUGGAAGAGCAACAGCAACCUGCGCUACUGUUACAAGGUGUUUCAUUCCUCCCAGCUGGAGCAGAAGCUGAGCUGGCUGCAGGCUCACCUGUUCUGCCGGAGACACGGAGCCAACCUGCUGAGUAUCGGCGGCCCUGAGGAGGAGCACUUUGUUCUGCAGGUCCUCCACGAGGCCUUCGGGGAGUCAGAGGACCACGAGCAGCACUGGUUUUGGAUCGGACUGAACCGCAGAAACCCCAUGGACAACGGCAGCUGGAAGUGGAGCGAUGGACUCGCUUUCACGUACCAGAACUUCGGCCGCUAUUACUACAACAUCCGACAGUGUGCUGCUGCAGACCUGGGCACUAUGACCUGGCUCGCCAUGCACUGUGACUCUGAGUUAGACUGGAUCUGCAAGAUCCCCAGAGGUAGUGUUGAGAAAGAACCAGAAGUCUCUGAAGGCACCAGUUCACCGGAGUGGAUUGGCUUCCAGGAGGCUGAGUAUAAAUUUUUUGACCACCGAACCACUUGGAACCAGGCCCAGAGGAUUUGCUCCUGGUUCGAUUCCUCCCUAGCCUCCGUCCACUCAGCUGAGGAAGAAGCUUUCCUGGCCAACACUUUACGCAAGAUGGCGAAGGUGGAGGGUGACAACUGGUGGCUGGGGCUUCACACCUACGAAAAUGAUGGCCGUUUCCGCUGGUCUGACCACUCUGUGCUCAAUUACGUGUCCUGGGCACUUGGGAGGCCACACCCACUGAGCCGUGAUCGGAAGUGUGUUUACUUGUCCGCCGGCAAAGCGGACUGGGCAGAUCAGAAGUGCCACUCUGACCUGCCCUACAUCUGUAAGAGAGUAAACGUCACAGGCACCAUUCCUCCAACUCCAUCAACCCCCCACCCACCUGCAGGCUGUCCUGAUGGAUGGUCCUCCUAUCAGCAUAAGUGUUUCAGAGUAUUCGAUCAGACAUACCGAGUCACGUGGUCUGCAGCCAAGUUGAAAUGUGAAACGCAAGGAGGUGUGCUGGCAGUGGUGUCCAAUCAUUUGGAGCAAGCCUUUGUCACCACCCUGCUCAACAACGCCAGUGUUGACCUUUGGGUGGGUCUGACCUCCGACUCUAAAGGUCAUUUCCAGUGGGCCAAGGCUGGCCUGCUCAGCUACACCAACUGGGCUCCUGGAGAGCCGCUCGACAACAGCGGACCACACCACAACAAGACCCGGGGAAACUGCGUGGUGAUGAUUCAUGGGAACCCGCAGAAGAACGCCGGCAUGUGGGCUUCCCGAGCCUGUGAGAUGGAAAGUAAUGGCUUCAUCUGUCAAAGGCAGCAAGAUUCAGGUUUCCCUCCGGCCCCGGCUCUUAUUCCUGUCUCCCUGUCAAAGCCUGUGGAGCUGGGUGGAGUGACGUACCGGGUCGUGGAGAAGCGCCUGGACUGGACCGGCGCUCUGCACCUCUGUGAAUCUUUGAAUGGGACCCUGGCCACGGUGAAGGAUCCCUACCAGCAGGCUUACCUCACGCUGCUGAUCAACAGCCUGCGCCGGCCCGCCUGGAUCUCUCUCUACAACUAUGGAGGACGGAGCUUCACUUGGCUGGGUGAAGAAGAAGUUUCUUAUUCAAACUGGAAAGACGGGGAGCCCACUCAGAUGGCUGGAUGUGGUCACAUGACCACUACCGGCCAGUGGACUAUGACUCCCUGUGAUGCUAAACUGGAGGCUGCUAUCUGUCAAAUUAGUGAUGCACCUGUGAGUCACCAGUGGAUCUACCCCGGCCAUUGCCCCCACUCUCUGGGAGGUUGGGCGUGGGUGCCUUUCAGAAACCACUGCUACGCCUUCAACCUGCAAAGCCUGAAACUGCAGCAGGAUGCUCGCACGUCCUGUAAAAAAAUGGGAGCAGAGCUCCUCUCUAUCUUGGAUGAGACAGAGAACGGAUUUGUAUGGGAACACAUCCAGAGCUAUGCAGAGCAGGCACAUGGAGCUUGGCUGGGCAUCAGCGUGAGAGGUAGAGGUCUAGUGUGGAGCGAGGACACGGAGAUGACGUACAGCAACUGGGAGGCGCAUGAUGUCGCCUUCUCCGUUCUGUCCCCGAACUCCUGCUUCUGGAUCCAGAGCAACAGCGGCCUGUGGAAGCCCGGCUCCUGCAGGAAUCGCACGCACGGGGUCAUCUGCAAGCAGCCUCGCAGUACUGAAACCUCAGCUGUAACAUCGGAUGGCGACCACCUCUCCACUCUGAUUGUCGUCAUGGUGACGGGCCUGGUGCUGGUGGUGCUGAUCGUCGGUGUGAUCUACCUGUACCGUCGGCGAGCUGUCGGCUCCCGGGGGUCCUACGAAGGAGCCCGCUACAGCCGCACCAACUCCAGCCUCGCGGAGCAGACUGAGAAGAACAUCCUGGUGUCUGACAUGGAGCUGAACGAGCAGCCAGAGUAGCAGAGCCGCUCCGGACCGGCCAAACCAGGACUGGACCCAAACUGACACAAGAGAGGCUGAUUUCAAUGUGUUGACUCCGACACACAUUGUGGCAUUUAUGGGUUUUUUUUGUUGUUGUUGUCUCUUUUGAAACCGAAAAAGAUUUUUAAAGUGCUGAAGGGCUGUGUAGAGCGCAGCAGAUGUUUAGUUUUUAAAUUGAAUCCCCGCCUUCUCAAUCCUCUUUUGCCAAGACUUAGCAGUUCUAGCAGUUUCUCUCCAGACAAAUCAGAUCCUUCCAUAUGCACAGCUUUUCCCCAAAAGCUUCACGAAGGCCAUAAAUGGAUCUACUGGGAGUUUAGUUUUAUCGCAGCUGGAAAAGUUCAACAUAACGUCGGUUUCAUGAAACGACUCCUCGCUGUCUUCCUUGGUGCCAGAGUAAAUUUUUGCCUGGUGUAUAUUUCCUCUCUUGUUCCCGUUUCGAUUGAAAGAAACCAAAAAAGCACCAUCGCAGCCACAGAUCGGCUCUUAACCGAAACCAUUUGUCUCUGUCCUCUAAAAAUCGCAGUCUUCUUCAGGACCAAAUGUUUUAACUGUAAGUUUUUUUCUUUUUUGCCAUGACAGUAUUUACCUGACCUUGGUGUGUUUUCGUUGGUGUCCUUUCCGUUGAUUUGUCAUUAUCUGUGCAGCUGUAGAGAACUGUUACUGAUGAUGCAUGUGUGGUUUUUGUGAGCCUGCCUCUCUCCUCCUCUCCGAUCUGACACGUCGGCACCAGCUGUCAGAGAGGCAGAGGAGGGGGAAGUCCAAAUGUGAAUGUGUGGAAGGUGACAGGGACCAUUAUUAGUGGUGACCUCAAACCGUCUGAGGGCAGUACACUAGAAUUGUGCACAUUACUAAUACUAAGUUCUGCAGAGGACUUGGUAUUGAAAGCUGGUCUUUAAACAGACUACUUGUCUUUUUUGGUACUGCAGGACUGAAGGUUGUCAUCAAAUGAUCAGACUUUCAGCUUCCAUGGCCCUGUGUACAUUUUGGCACUUUCUGCUAUUAUCUUGUACUAAUUCAAUAUUAGUCAUUGCCUUUAGUCAUUAUCCUUAAAGCACGGUUGCUGCUCUGUGAUUCCACGCUUUUGUUUAUUUUGGCUCUUCGUGCCUCCAUCUGGAGCUGAUUCAGCAAUUUUUUAAGUACAGCAGCCUAAUUCUCUUUGUAUGCACCGAGAAAAGGGGUUCGCAGUUUGAUAUUUGUCUGACUCAUCAUGUUUAUGGACCGCAGUUCACUUUUCUGUAUGUUUUAUCAUCUUAUCGCUAGGAUAUUUUUCUUGAUUUGUCUUUUAAAUGAUGCAGGUUUCACUAUGUGUUGUUGACUUAAAUACAGCUGGUAAAGACAUUUGGAAACGUUCCUGCAUUCAUGGGAUAAUUGCCAAGAUUUGAACCUCUCAUUGCCCCACAAAGAAAAACAUCCCUCGUGUGAAUGACACCGUUGUAUAUAUGUAAGCCAAAGAAUGUUUUAAAAGUGAAUUCUCAACAAGGGAGAACCUCUUCCUCGUCAUUUAGAGAGUUCACAUUUGCGCAGCGUAAUGACCGCAUUUUUCAGUGUUCUUUUGCCUCCUCAAGCGUUUUUCUUUUGCCCUCAGCUCUUGCCUAUGAGUGCAUUUCUGUCUUCUUGCUCGGAGGAAUGCUUUGGAGCCUUUUCAGUCUGAGGCUUUUGGUGUUUUACUGAGCUGCUGUGAAAAAAAACAGCAGCUCCGUGAGCUGGACUAAGAUAGAGGGGGAAGGGAGGAGGAAAGGGAGUAAGUUGAAGUGUCUGCGUGUGUGUGUGUGUGUGUGUGUGUGUGUGUGUGUGUGUGUGUGUGUGUGUGUGUGUGUGUGUGUGCAGUCUCCAGCUGUGGAAUGUUGAGUCGGCAAGAAGAGCUCAGUGGCACGUCUGGAACCAAUCAGAGAAGGAGGGCUCAGGGACAUGAAGGGUCAGAAAGAAGACUGAAAAAAAAAAGGAAAACUAGACGAAGGGGAAAAGGGGAAAAAAGGGGGGAGCGUGAGGAGGAGUCGGGGAUGUAGGAAGACAGGAGGGCAGGGAAGGAGGAGUGUAAAGGGUGCAGUGGUCUGUCCCAGGCUCACCCCGGCCUCUGCUGGUGGUUUACUGUGCAGGUUCGUCUUUAAAUGCAGUAGAUGUGACCUGAUUGCGACGAUGUGAAGGUGCAACGACCCUCGGCGGGUUCUGCAAUGAGAUCGUGUUAAUGAUGCAUGUUGGCUCUUGUCCCUGUGAAGAUUACCUGAAGCACCUGUUCAAGUUUUUUUUUUUGGGAAAGUUUUUGUGUCAUUUUUAUAUGAAAUUAAUAAAAUCUAUGUUCUCAGA